CAGUAUGCUGUCGGCAUUGAUCGCUCCCUUCAAGUACAUAAGCCCUGGGACCAGCAGCACAGAGGACGAGGACAGUUUAAGCACCAGCAGUGCAGAGGUGAAGGAAAACCGCAAUAUUGGUAACUUAGAGGAUCGCUCCAUAGGGCCCGGGGAGUGUCAGUCAACAAGAAGCGGGAGUUCUGGUCUGAAGAGGAAACGGCCACUGGAGGAAGACAAUAACGGGCACCUGUGUCAACUCCGUCUGAUCUAUAAGAAACUGUCCUGGUCUGAGGCUCCAAAGAACGCGCUGGUACAGCUGAAUGAGCUGCGGCCCGGCCUGCAGUACCGGAUGGUGUCUCAGACGGGCCCUGUCCACGCUCCCGUCUUCUCCAUCGCUGUGGAAGUCAACGGGCUGACCUUUGAGGGCACAGGCCCCACGAAGAAGAAAGCCAAGAUGAGGGCCGCAGAGCUGGCCCUCAAGUCCUUCAUCCAGUUCCCCAAUGCUCCUCAGGCCCACCUAGCCAUGGGAAACAUUUCAAACCCUUCAGCCGACUUCACCUCAGACCAGGCCGACUUCCCCGACACGCUCUUUAAGGAGUUUGAGUCUUCGUCGUGCUCCGACCGCCUCUCGCUCUGCAACUCGGAAACCGAAAGCGAGUUGCUUUCCAGCGAGCUGCUCAGACACGGGCGGUUGCUGCGCCACACCUUGGACCUGAUGGUGCAGGCGCAGCAGAGGCUCGGUGGAAUUGUCCAAGAGUCCGAGGCCCCUAAGAGCCCCGUGGCUGUGCUCAAUGAGCUGCGGCCGGGCUUGCGCUACGCCUGUCUUUCGGAGCGAGCCGAAGGCCGACGACUGCGCAGCUUUGUGAUGGCUGUGCGUGUGGACGGGCGGAUUUUCGAGGGCUAUGGCCGCAGCAAGAAGCUGGCCAAGAAUCAGGCAGCCCAGUAUGCUCUUCAGGCCCUCUUCAACAUCAGGACGGCCCCCGAGGGGAGAACAGGUCUCAAAGCCAGCAGGCAGAGUUGUCCUCAUUUACCCCAGGACUUUGCUGAUUCAAUAUUCCACUUGGUGAGGGAGAAGUACCGGUCGCUGGUGGGCGGCUGCAGUCCUGUGCACGCUCGGCACAAAUCCCUGGCAGGCAUCGUAAUGACCCGAGGCCUGGACCUGAGACACGCCCAGGUGGUGGCGUUAUCUACUGGCACCAAGUGCAUCAACGGAGAGUAUCUGAGUGAUCAGGGACAAGUAGUCAAUGACUGUCACGCUGAAGUCACAGCCCGACGAGCCUUGCUACGCUUCCUCUACUCCCAACUUGAACUCUUCGUGAGUAAAAGGCCGGAGGACUGGGAGGAGUCGAUAUUUGUACACCACAAAGAGUGCGGCUACAGGUUGAGAGACAACAUCCAUUUCCACAUGUACAUCAGCACCUCGCCGUGUGGAGACGGGAGGCUCAACUCUCCAUACGAAAUCACCGCUGACCUGCACAGCAGCAGACACUUAAUGAGGAAGCAUCGGAGUCACCUGCGGACUAAAAUCGAGUCAGGCGAGGGGACGGUGCCGGUGCGUUGCCGGGGACCCGCCCAGACCUGGGACGGUGUCCUUCAGGGUGAACAUCUCAUCACCAUGUCCUGCACAGACAAGCUCACCAGAUGGAACAUCCUUGGCCUGCAGGGGGCAUUGCUGAGCCAUUUUGUGGAACCAGUGUACCUGCAUAGCAUGACCGUUGGCAGCCUGCGUCACACGGGCCAUCUGGGCAGAGUUCUGAACCAGCGUCAGGAGCGCCUGGGCCCACUGCCUGCCACAUACAGACGCAACCAGCCCCUGCUCAGCGGCUUGAGCAGUGCCGAUUAUCAGCAGCCGGGGAAGGCGUCGUGUGUGAGCGUCAACUGGACGUUGGGUGACGCACAGUUGGAAGUGGUCAACACCGCAACUGGACGGAGACGAGACUCAGGGACACCCUCACGUCUCUGCAAGCACGCCCUGUUCACCCGCUGGAACAGACUGUACCGCAAGUUGGGGAUCCACGCGUCCAGCUCGGCGGACCGCCAGCUCAUGUACGGCGAGGCCAAGAUGGCGGCGCGCCCUUACCAGACAGCGAAGCAGCAGUGGUUCAGGUCUCUGCAGGAAAUGGGCCUCGGCACCUGGGUCAAAAAACCCCCAGAGCAGGAGCAGUUCCUGCUGUCGGACUGAGUGAGAGAGAGAGUGUGUGUGAGGGUGUGUUUGUUUAAGCAUCUCUUUUUUUUAGGGUCCAAUGAGUCUAUGUUUCACAACCCAGUUUAACCUCUAAACUCAAGGCUGUCAGCCCAGCAUGUGUGUGUGUGUCUGCAUUUCAUUCUCCACGUACACCCAGGACGGCAGGCGGAAGGUUGACUGGACGUCUGAAAAGAAACGGGACACGAGGGUGGAGUUGGUGUUCUUUAAGCACACAAACACACGAGUUUAAGCAAACACCCACCUAAAUGUGACCCACCACCACCACCCCCAAGCUCUUCUGUGGCUGUCAGGGAAGGGUGGGGUAACCUUGAGCGGGGAUGAAAGGCAGCCACUAUCUUGUCAUCAGCUAUUUCCGGGCCCCAAGGCUCCCGCUGAGGAGUAGAGCCACGGGGGAGAGAGCGAGACAGACAGAAGCAGAGGGAAAAAAGAGAGGGAGAGGUCCUCGUCCAAUUACCGGCCCUGUCAGAGUGACGGGUGAUAGAGAAAGAGGAAGGGAAGAACGAGUGAGGAAAAAGAAGGACGGAGCGUCGCUUCAGAGCUCACCUUUCUCUCUCUUCCUCGUUCUAUCUCUGUCCUCCUCCUCUUAACUCACCCUUUGACUCUCCGUCGCUCCCUCCUUUGCCCUCUUUUCUGUCUCCUCCCUUGCCUCCACCUCCUCGUCCUUCUCUCCUCACCUCUUCCCGCCACGCUUGGAGUUUAACAUGACACGAGGACAGGUUAAUACACCACCCUUUUUUUCCCCCAUCCCUCCCUUCCUCUCAUCUUCACCCCUCUGGGUAAAAAGAGAAAGCGAGGUACAUAAACGCAGCCAUUACAGCUUGCCCUGAGUGCGUGGAGUGAUGGAGGAGAAGGGGGAGUGGUGUAUUUACUCUCCUCCUUUUGUCUUUUGACCUGCCUGACCUGAGUUUUUGUUUUGUUUCGUUUUUUUCCACCUGGUUUCAUGCCCGUUUCCACGCAUCUUAAUCGCUAAUCUUGUCGCCACCAAUAGCAGCUGCUUAUGGAGGCGAGUCAUCAGCCUUGAUGCCCCGAGCAAGCUGUCAUUCUGUGGUCAUGACCACCUUGGAGUGAAGUUUGUUUUGUUUCUUUUUGUAAAUUUGCACCUCACACUAUUUUAUGUCUUUGCAUAUUUCAUGAACGCAGCAUUUUACGUGAUUUUUUUCCUUUUUUUGUCCUUUUAAAUCAGUUAAAUGUUUAUAGUCUUCGUAUUGCUCUGUCAUUGCCGUUUUUGUCUCUAGUCAAGGUAGCGCUGCGGCCCAGUUCAGAGUAGUGAGAGUGACAUCUAGUGGUCGCUCUUGUGUUUUGUCCUGCCCCUGCUGUGAGCCCCUGUCCUGGCAGCAUUACAGUGUCACAGCUGGAGAGCUAAGCCUUUACUGGAGAUCAGACGACUGGACACACGGGCGGCUUUACACAAAAACUGCAUGUGGAAGAGUUUCUUCUUACAUUUGAAAUUUUAAAAAGCUGCAGAAGUGAUUCUCCACAUAAAAAUGUGUUUAACAAAAUGCUUAAAAACUGGGCAGUUUGCACUCAAACACACUGUGUGACAUCCCCUUUUACCUAAUUAUGCACCCCUGCCUGAGAGACCAGGCCUCAGGGUUUAUGUUGCUCCCUAAACCUGGAUUUAUUAUGAUCGUAUUCAUAAUGACAUUAUGAUCACCUGUGCAGCACUGAGUGACUGGGUGUUGUUGUGAUUGGACUUUGCGAUGAAGAUUAAUAGCACUGGAGCUGCCGUCUAUAGGUGACUCUUAGUGACCACCACCUCUGUGGAGUCACUGUAUUCACAUUCUUUCAUUCAUGCUGGCAGCCGUUGUUGUGAGCAGCAUAAUCGCCUUGUUAGAUGUUUAAGAAGGAGGCCAUUCAUCCUUGCUGUUGUCCAAACGGUGAGAAAACGCAGACCGUCAGUCGCGCUUCCUGCAGGCCCCAGAUGUGUGUUUACAUGUUAGAGGAGGCAAAGUUACCGUAAGCUAGAAGAAUGCACCGGGUUUUUUAAAAGUUUCUUGACAAAGUCUUAAUAUGAGUGGAAACUGUGUCAUUGUGUAUAAAUCCAGCUUUAGUAAUGGCAGUUUUAAUAGAUUCAACUUCAUAUGGACCUGUUACGCUCAUUUCUGUAUUUUUAUUCUUGCUUUGCAUUAGCCACACCAUUCUAUCUUUAUCUUAAACUGGGACUAAGUGCAGCCCGUUGUUAUCUGAAAUAAGCCAUUCUACCUCCUCUCCUGUUAAAGCUCCUUUUCGGAAAUACCCUCUGCAGAAUUGAAGCUGAAUUUUCACCCCCAGGGGGCAGCGAUUUCCCCCAGGCUGUGCUGAGGUGUUUCAGAUGCAUGCUGAUGUUUAGCUUGUCCUUCUGGCUACACCCAUAUCCUCAAAAUGCUCCAAUCAUAGGUAACUUCCUUCUCAAGUUAUCACGUUAACAAGAUUUUCAGAAAACUUGACCUCUGACCUUGACGUUGAGGUCGAAGUCAUCCAGUCUUUAAGUGAUGGCGUGAUGAACCCUGCUUCCGGGCCCAAACUACUCUGGAUUUAAUAAGGCUGUUGUGCCUCUCUCGGUUUUUAUUACUGCUAAUCAUUUUAAAGCGCAGUUUUCAAAACCUUAUGAUGCAACUACAGCCCAGCCCAUGCAGCAGCAGUAUAUGAAUGUCUAGCCUCCUAUUGAUGGAUUAUCUCAGUGGUUCUCCUGACUGACGUUUGGUCCGUUUGCAGCAUCCUGUUUGCAGCAUCCUGUCAUGUGAUUGCAUUUGUCCCUAACCACUGUGAACACUCACGUUAACUUUAUCGAGUGGAAAAAAGUCCUC